AUGGACACCCUCUUAACCGCCGAGAUGGCUAUCAACUCGCCACGCUUCCGUCGGAAAUCCAGCACUUUCGUGGAUGCCAUUCACGAUUUGCCCGAGACUGAGCUCAUGGCACCUGCCCAGCUUUACAGCACCGAGUCUGGUCGUUUGUUCCAUUCUGGGCGCAUAGCUAUUGCGACCGUUGGCUUGCCCGCUCGUGGCAAAACCCAUAUCUCGGUCGCUCUGGCUCGGUACCUGCGCUGGCUGGGUGUCAAGACCAGGAUCUUCCAUCUCGGUGACUAUCGCCGCGCGAUUAUCGGCCAAGGAGGAGACGUUCCUGAUGACUACUUCUUCGUCAACGCUUCGGCUUCCUCAGUCUUGCUGCGGCAGAAAAUCCUCAAGAAAUGCCGAGAAGACAUCUAUCACUUUCUUAACCACGAGAACGGGCAAGUCGCGAUCUACGACGCUGUGAACCCGUUGGCUGCUGGACGACGUUCAUUAGCCAAAGAGUUCGCCAAGCAUGACAUCAAAUGCCUCUUUAUCGAAUCCAGCUGUGACGACCAGCGUAUUAUUGAAGAGAAUGUUCGGAGCGUCAAGAUAUCCUCACCGGACUAUCGUGGCUGGUCCGAAGCCGACGCGGUCAAGCACUACCUCAACCGCAUGUCGGCCAAGAUUCCGCACUUCGAAACCAUGGAAGAGACCGAUCUGGACUGGAUCAAAAUGAUUAACGCCGGUGAGCGUCUUAUCGUCAGCAACAACAACUUCUCGUAUCUCUCCCACCGCAUCGUCUUUUAUCUUCUCAAUCUACACAUCAAGUCCCGUCACACUUACUUCGCCCGCGCUGGCACCACGCUCGACGAAGAGUCAUACAAGGCCGAUGCCAGCCUUUCUCAGCAGGGCAAAGAAUACGCGAAGAAAAUGACAGAAGUUCUACUCAAGCACCGCGAAGAAGAACGUCAAGCCAUUAAAGAUAAAGGUGGGCCCGAUACCCCUCUUAAGCCUCUCACUGUAUGGACCUCCACUCGCAGACGGACGAUCGAGACUGCUGCUUUCUUCGCCGCACGCGGGUACCGCGUUCGGCAACGAUCGCAGAUGAGCCAGCUGAACUCCGGAGUCUGCGAGAAGAAAUCCGAGCGACGAAUCCGACAAGAGUAUCCCCACGAGGUGGAGAAGCAUGAACUAGACCCCUAUCAUCACCGCUAUCCCAGAGCAGAGUCUUACCAUGAUGUUGCCGUGAGGCUUGAGCCAAUUAUUCUCGAAUUGGAACGCGAGUCGAACGACUUGCUCAUCAUUGCGCAUGAGUCAGUUUUACGUGUCCUAUAUGGAUACUUGAUGGCGGUUAGCGCGGCUGACAUCCCACUCCUCGCCUUUCCGCGGGAUGAAAUCAUCGAGAUUAUACCCGCAUCUUACAACAACGAAGCGAAACGUAUCAAAAUCCCUGGUCUACCACCCGAGAUCAUUCCUGCAAGCCCCGAGGGUCCCAAAGCGCCGGCGCCUCCUUCAGGCUUUGCGACACCGCUGCCCGGGCUAGGCAGCGGACUCGGUAGUCCCGAGCGUGUCCCUGGCACCCCGGAGCCGCAACCAAGGGAUGGCUACAAAACGCCGGAGGACGCGGAAAAUCUGAGCUUGCGGAUGCAUGAUGUCGUCUAG